UGAAGAUGGGAGAAGUUUGUAAAGUGCUUGAGGGGCUGAAGCCGGCGAUGUUAAUGGUGGUUCUUCAGCUGACAUACGCCGGCAUCAAUGUUCUGUACAAGCUCGCCGUCAACGACGGCAUGAACCUCAGAAUCGUCAUUGCUUAUCGUUAUAUAUUCGCCACUAUUUUCAUUGCUCCUCUCGCUUUCUUUCUCGAAAGGAAUAAAAGACCAAAGAUGACUUGGAGCAUACUGUUUCAGGCAUUUCUAUGUGGGUUGUUUGGAGGAGCAUUGACACAAAACUUGUACUUGGAAUCAUUGGCUUUAACUUCUGCAACAUUUGCUACCACCAUGGACAAUCUUACUCCAGCCAUCACUUUUCUCAUGGCCGUCCCCUUCGGUUUGGAGACACUGAGUUUAAGAACAGCGGCAGGACAAGGGAAGAUCAUUGGAACAAUAGUGUCAGUUGGGGGGGCCAUGGUUCUAACACUGGUCAAAGGCACAAAAAUAGACACAGGUUCCUUCCACGUCACCCUCAUGCAUUAUCGUGAGGGACACGUGGCAUCGGCACUAGCUCCCUCUAGUGCGAGAGCUCUCUUGGGUGCCCUUUGUUGUCUAGGGAACAGCGCUACUCAAGCUUUAUGGCUUAUCAUUCAGGCUAAGAUGAGCAAGACUUAUCCAUGUUAUUAUUCAAGCACAGCUCUAAUGAGUUUCAUGGCUACAAUCUUAUCAACUGCAUAUGCUUUUGCUUUUGAGAGCGAUUUGAAUCAAUGGAAGUUUGGUUGGGAUAUUAGGCUUCUCACAGUGGCCUAUGGGGGAAUUAUUGUGUCUGGAAUAAUGGUGGUGGUAAUGGCAUGGUGUGCGCACAUGAAAGGCCCUCUUUAUGUGGCUGCUUUUUUUCCUCUUCUCCUCAUCUUUGUGGCCUUGGCUGGUUCUUUUAUGUUAGACGAACAGUUAUAUCUUGGAAGUAUAAUAGGAGGAUUGUUGUUAGUGUGUGGGUUGUAUAUGGUUCUAUGGGGGAAAGGCAAAGAGAUGAAGAUGAUGAAUCAACUUGUUCCUUCACAAAGUAGCUUUCCUGAAAUCAAAGUGGGAUCUCCAACGGAUGGUAAAGGCAGCCCUUGUAAUGACAAUCAUGAGGUUGAAUUGGUUAUGGGUUGUGAUGAUUCAAACAUUCAUCAAAAAUUGCAAUUAAUGAAGUAAUAUAAUGCAAUUAAUAUGAUGGAUUGAAUAAAACGUAUUGAACCAAGAAGAUGAAGAAGACUAUGAUUUGUUGAUUAUAGCCAAUGUGGUCCUUUUCCAGAAACCUCCAUCAGGGAGAAAAAAGCUUGAUCAAAUUAUGUUAUAAUUUGUAAUCCUA